GAGAUUUCAAAUAGUAAGAAUGUGAUCUUAUUUUUAUGAGAUUUAGGUCAUGUUUUUGGGCCUGGAGCAAAUGCUUGUCCCCAAUCUCUCAUUCAGGUGAGCUCAACCGAGACUCAACCAAAGUCACCUUCCUCUGUCAGGUAACCUGCAAGGAACCAGGGAAGCUAUUUUAGUCUAAAAAUGAUAUUUCACUGACACUGAUUUAUCUCCAAACAGUGCUGAGCAAAUACCACUGGCACAUACGGACUGUUUCAUGCCUCAUUAAUGGGAGAACUCCUAGCUCAUGGAGUCUGUCCAUCCUCCAUGCGCACUUUAAUGGAAGUGAACAUGCUCCUGUGUUAAUAUGUGAUCUCUUCCAGACGCUCUGUCUAACUUUCUUUCUUUAAGGGUGAAUCUGUUUCUCGGUGAUUAUUCGUCGGACACCAGGACCUCGGAGACGACCUUUUAGUAGUGUAAUACUGUACAUUACAUAGAUCCAAGUCUAUUUUAAGCGGUGAUUAAAAAGAGCAUAGCCUACUCCUGAGUCAUGAGUCUAGAGACGAACGUGACAUAUUUCGCGCGUAAAGCCUACUCCGGACUUCUUUUUCAUACUUAUUAACAUAAUGUAUAUUCUUCUGUUGGCGAUGUCAGCACAUAUAACCCGUUGCUCUAACGUUUCCCAGUGGUUAUUUUUGGGAAAGCAUUUCUAAGAGCGCUCUGCUUAAGCUAACAAAACUGUUCCAAAUGGAACAUGACUAACGUUCUCUCAUGCUCCCGUGAGAAUAGUAGGCAAUAAUAGGGACUGGAGUGAUCAUUUAUCUGGGAUUAAAUGUUACACAUGUUACUCUGGCACUGGACUUGAUUUACGGAACACAUUUUGCGAUUAAAGAAGUGGGAUUAUGGAGCCUGUGGUUCUGGAGCAGAAUAACUUUACUCUGAGCGCGGUGCCUCUGGCACAUCCACUGUGCACAGAAUGGAAAAGAGACCCAGAAGGAUCAGUUUUUCAUCUCGCUAAUAUCCUCCUGGUACUGGGUUUCAUGGGCGGUAGUGGAUUUUAUGGAUUGAUCUACAUGUUUAGUUUGAUGUCGCUCGGUUUUUUGUGCUACUUUUGGGCUUGGUCCAAUCCGUGCACCACGUACUCGUUUUCGUGGACUUUUGUCCUGUUUGUCAUUUCUGUUGCUCAAGUCAUCCAUGUCGCAUACCGCCUACGGAGUGUGACUUUUGAUAAGGACUUCCAGGAUCUCUACGGAUGCAUGUUCAAAAAGUUGGGAGUGUCUCUCAGUCACUUCGGGAAGAUCGUCUCUUGCUGUGAGCAGGAAAUCCAUACUAUCGAAAAAGACCACUACUUUGCAGUCGAGGGCAAAACUCCUAUCGACAAACUGUCUGUUCUUCUCUCCGGAAGAAUCCGUGUUACAGUGAAUGGAGAAUUUCUACACUACAUAUACCCUUUCCAGUUCUUGGAUUCACCUGAAUGGGAUUCACUCAGACCGUCGGAGGAGGGAGUUUUCCAGGUAUCACUAAGAGCAGACAAUCGCUGCACAUAUGUCGUUUGGAGGCGCAAGAAGUUAUAUUUGCUCUUUGCCAAACACCGAUAUAUCGCCAAGAUAUUUGCGCUGGUGGUGCGCAAUGACAUCGCCGAUAAGCUGUACUCUCUGAACGACAGAGCGCUGGACGCACACGGUUUCCGCUAUGAUCUGCGUUUACCCAGCUUCUGCCACACGCCUCAGGCAAAGUUAGAAAAAUCACACAGCAGUUAAAACCACGCUAUGACCCCGCUUUGGAAUGUCCUCCCUCUUAUCAGAGGAAAUCUUAAAGAAAUCAGGUGGAAGUCCAUGAUGGAAGUGUAUUUCCUAAAGACUUGACCUUUGCACCUUUUAUAAUAAUAAUAAUAAUAAUAAUAAUAAUAAUAAUAAUAAUAAUAAUAAUAAUAGUCCUGAUGUUGAAUGUUUAGUACAUAUCUCAUGCCUCAAAUUCAAGUCUGAUGCAUCCUUACUCUAUUAUUUGCAUAAAAUAAAAAAGUCUAAAUUUGCCAUUAUUAUGUCUUAGUAACUUUGAGUAUGUCUUUGAAUGUUCUCAGCUGAUAGUCUAGAAGACAUUAAGCUAAUGCUUUUGCAGAUCUGAAUACCCGAAUAAAUGAGAUUUUG